CUCCAAUGCAAACUUGGAUUGCUGAACGUUCUCGGAUUAUGGAAUGUCAAUGAUUAUAUCGAAGAUUUUGAAAUUAAUGAAGCUGUUUUCUUCUGUCGUAAUAGGUGUAAUCAUUAUGAAUGUGUUUGGUUUAAGAACAUAUUCAAAAUGGAAUCGUUUAAUAAUUCUGUCUUUGGUACUGAUUCUCAGCUUGUUGAAAGGGUUAAAUACCGCCAACAAACUAAUCAUCUUAAAGGCAAAGUUAGGAGCACAGUUAAAUGUAUGAUUAGUGAAAACGAUGCAGUUAUUG